AAUCUAAUAGUCAAAAAAAGAAACAAUAUGAAUACCUUUAACCAAUCUCGAAACCUAAUCCUAGCCACAACCAUUUUCCUAGCUUUCAUUGUUCGCUUAAGAGCCCAAGACAGCCCACAAGACUUUUUGGCCGCUCACAACCAAGCACGAGCAGCGGUUGGGGUGGAUCCUUUAAGCUGGGAUGAGACGGUGGCUGCAUAUGCUCGCGACUACGCAAACCGGCGUGGAGGUGACUGCGCCUUGGAACACUCGAGUGGGCCCUAUGGAGAGAACAUUGCCCGGAGCGGUGGUGACAUGUCAGGCGUUGAAGCAGUCAACAUGUGGGUGAACGAGCAGGCUGACUACGAUUAUGGUUCCAACACAUGUGCCUCGGGAAAACAGUGUGGUCACUAUACUCAGAUCGUGUGGAAAAACUCGGUCAGGAUGGGAUGUGCAAAAGUGAGAUGCGACAACGGUCAAACCUUCAUUACUUGCAAUUAUGAUCCUCGAGGUAAUUUUGUGGGCGAGUGGCCUUACUAAAAAUAGUAUCUAAGUCUGAAUGUUUCAAAAGUAUGUUAUAUAUACAUGUGUGUACUAUUGUUUAUAUGUUGUUAAGUUAUACCAAUCUUCAUUAUCAGCUUAUAAUGUUUCGUCUGGGAUCAGUCCGCUUUUGUACCAUAUAUGUGUGGAUUUUAUAAUGGAAUAAGAAAAAUGCAAUGCUACGGCUUGCACUUGCUUUGUGUGAUAUAUGAAAA